AUGAACACUAUCAAGAACAUUGCCGCCAAGGUGACUGGCAAAUCUGAUGGAGAACUCGCCCUGCCUAAAGGCUCUACCAUUCUAGUCACAGGCGCUUCCGGUUUCAUCGGCAGCCAUGUUGUUCAAGAAGCACUCAAUGCCGGCUACAAGGUUGUAGGCACUGCUCGAUCAAACGACAAGGCCGAGAACACCAAAAAGAUCUUCAACAACAACCCAAAUUACUCCACUACCAUAGUUGAAGACUUCCAGCACGAGGGCGCGUUUGACGAGGCGGUUCAGGGUGUUGACUCGGUCAUUCACGUGGCAAGUGAUACGACCUUCGAUCCAGAUCCAAACAAAGUUGUCAAGCCGACUGUCGCUGGCGUGCUCAGUAUCCUGAGAUCUGCUGCCAAGAGCCCAUCUGUCAAGCGCUUUGUGCUGACUUCCUCCUCCACGGCUGCUCUCUUGCCUCAUCCAGGGAAGGAAAUCACCGUGGGAAAGGACGACUGGAACCAGGAAGCACUCGACUUGGCCUGGGCUCCGCCGCCAUAUGAGGCGGACCGUGCCUUCGCAGUGUAUGCUGCAUCAAAGACCGAGGGUGAGAAAGCGCUCUGGAAGUUUGUCAAGGAAGAGAAACCGAAGUUCGUCGUCAACACCGUGCUACCAAACUACAAUAUGGGCAAAAUCCUUCCUGGCGGCAGUGCAGGUGCUACUGGCAGCGGAAUUCCAUCACUAUUCAAAGGAAAAGAGUCGUGGGCCGUUCCACAGUAUAUGAUCGAUGUCAUCGAUGAUGCACGUCUUCAUGUUAUUGCCGGUGCUCUCGACCCGUCCAUCAAGAACGAGCGCAUUUUCGCAUUCAAUGUGCCGUUCAACUGGACGGACAUUAUCGAGAUCCUCAAGGAGCUUUACCCAAACUCCACAUCCAUUCCGAAGGCGCCGGAAAAUGAGCCUCGCGAUUUGAGCAAGGUUCCCAAUGAACUUGGUGCCAAGCUGCUAAAAGAGUGGUACGGCCAAGAUGGAUACAAGCCACUCAAGCAGAGUGUCAAGGAGAACAUGGAGGGACAGAUUUGA